UUCAGAAGAGCUAGAGCCAGGUGUCUGAGACCAGCAGGUGGGGAAAUACCAGUAUUUUCCUCUUGUAAUAUGUUUGUAUGAGUCUCUUGAAAGUCUCCAAUUAAAAUAGCAUUAAAGCCAAUUUUGAGAUGGUGUGACUAAACCGAACUGAACCGAACCUGCCCUCCCAAACCUCGCUACAUCUCUCUAUAUCUCCCUUCCUCUCUCAUUGCUGACUGAAGGCGUCCUGGGUCUGAUGUCUAAGGAGGACACAGUGACAAGGAGACAGAGUCACAGGCAGUGAGUCGGCCCAUUGUCCCCUCACCGUGCCUAGCCACAGAGAGGGUCCCCAGGCCCCUGCCUGGAAAGUGACAGGAACAGAGACACAGCCUGAAUAAAGAACCAUUCACAACCUCUCUGUCUCUUUCUCUCUCUCUCUCUCUCUCUCUCCCUCCAUCUCUCUCCUUCUCUUUCUGUACUUCCUAACCUCUCCCCUCCCUCUCUCAUCUCUCCCCCCUCCCUCACUCCCUCCCUGUCUCUCUUCCCCUCUCUCUCUCUCUCCACCCACCACGCCAACUCUACCCAGAACAUCCCAGCCUCAUCCCCAGGCCCCUGCCUGCCUCCAGCCCCUAGCAGCACCAGCCUCACAGCCUCACAGCCCCCAUGGCACUUGGCACUGAUUCCCACCACAAGGACAGAUGGUGCCAACCCUGACCUCUCUCCUCGCCCGCGGGGACCACACCGCCACAGAGGGACCGCCCACUGACAGGAAGAGGAAGAGGAGGGAGCUCCGUCACCACGGCAACCCCUAGCCCCACAUCCUCCCCAAGGGCCUCAGAUAAACACAUUCACACAGUAGGACCUCGGUGAGUACCCUGUUUCGUUUGUAGCCGGCUAAUUUGUGCCUGUGAGACUUCACCACAAUCAGACUUUUUCCAUGCCUGUUUGGACUGUAUGAGAAUGUACUGAUGGACCAGGACCAGCGCAGGAGUAUGACAUUAGUUUGCUGAAAGCCAGUGAAACUCCAUCCUGUUGGGACUGCUCCUCUUUCCCUCCUGGCUGGUCUGGCCUGGAUGAAUUAUUAAACGGUCUCCACAGCCAAGCUCAGGCUCAGUGCUUCUGGGAGCUCUAAAGGCCUCUUUAAACCCUUGCUGAUUGAAGGGAUCGGAGUCAUGUGUCAAAGGUCAAACGACACUGCAAAGAGGAAGGAGGUAGAAGCAGUUUCAGCCGUUUGACUGCAAAUCAAAGCAAAACCUCUGCAACUAUCUGGCUCCCUUGGCUCUCAUCUCCUCCAGACAGAAGUCAAACAACCACCAUUUUGUUUAUUUUUCACUGGAUAUUAUUAUUAUAUUGAACCCAUUAAAACUUGAUGUACAGACUGAUUACCAUAUAAUGGCAGACUCCUAUAAAAAAACAGAACAGCACUUCAACAUAAAAUUAGACACUAAUGGCUUGGUGGGAUGAAUUCAGCAGGGCCAAAUAACAGAGGAGGGAAUACGGUGUCCCUAAAGCGUAGCAGGUAAUUGGAGAAAAGCACAGCUUCUCUGUCGAGCCGACCGACAGACUGACCUUCAGGCUGAAAACUCGGAACCAAAAAGGCAUGAACUAACUGGGAUUUCAUCAUCAUUAUCACAGAGAACAUUUGCAUAACUGCAAUAUGCUGCACUUAACUACCAUCAACAUUGUUGGGUGCAGACGUUUGGGAAAAGCCAUUGUCUGCACCUGUCUGCUAGAAAAUACGGAAGAGAGACUACACUAGAGCACAGGGAGAGAAAACAGAGGAGCAGAUGAUAAAGGUAUAUAUAAUGAGGUCAGUGUAAUCUGUGUGAUAUGAUGGAGAGGUCAGCUGUAAUAAGAGAGAAGGCAGAAAGGGCUUACACGCCAUGUGCCUCUAGAGAGAGGGAGAGGGAGGGAGAGAGAGCGAGGGGAGAAUGUGUAAGGUGUGUGUGAGUGUGUGCAUGCGAGAGAGAGAGAGAUGUGUGAGUAUUGUUUUUGUCCAGCUCAUAUGCCACCUCAAUUACUGCCUUCUAUUCCUGUUCAGUCAGUGGCAUCAGAUCCAAACCUGCUGGGAGUUAAUUAGUGACUCAACAACACACACACACACUGCACACCACGUUCACACACAGUGCGCACACACACACUCACUGUGUACACACAUCCACCUCACAGUUAUGAAAUUAAUCCACGUCGAGCAUUGGGAGUCCAAUAAACACAAUACACUCUGUGUAAUUAAGUAUCCCUUCACUUCACACCUCAUGUGAACACCUUGUCUCAGCAAUAUUGUGUCCCAGUGUGAUGGUCCCUGUGUGUUGGUGAUGAGGGCUCAUCACACCCUGCUGCUGUUCAGCUCAGACAGACAGGUAGUGUUUGUGUAAGCAGGCCUGCGAGGACAGUUGGAAUUGCUGUCAGAGAGCUGCUGCUCUGUGCUCUGUGCUCGCCUCGCGCCUCGCGCUGUUGACUUUGAUAGUAAACGCGCUGACAGGAUUUUAAAGACAAGCUGUCUGCGGCGUAACCUUGAGAGUCGCUGGGACUACAGGGACGGCUUAUUGAUAAAGGGAUUAAUACUUGAGCCCUUUGCCGUUGCGCCGCUAUCUUAGAAACAUCACCUCGGGGGAAUAAACGGGAGGUUGCUCACAACACAGAGGACGAGAGCUGGGUUACUACACAUAACGACAGGGUGCUGGUCUGAAAAACACAGGAGAAGUGAACCGUAAAGAUGCCAGGCCAUGAUAUGUGUGUGCCUGUGUGCCUGUGAGUGAGAGAGAGAGAGAAAGAAUGCGAAAUAGAAAGUGUGCGUGUGUUGUUUAUUCGUGGUCUCACCUAAAUGCCUCUGCACAAAUUUGCAUAGUGAGAAUGAGGGGGUUUCAGGUUGCCUCUUCAACAGGAUGUUUUCAGUCAGUCCAAACACCUCUCUCUGCAGGGUACCUCUGUUGUAUGGCAGGAGCUCUACUGUUUACAGCUGCUGUAAAGAUGCCAUAUGCCGCAGGGUGUAUGUGUGUGUGCAUGUCAGCAGGUGGCUCUUAUCUUCCCUGUCUCUCCUCUCCCCAGGUAUCUAUCAGGCUCCAUCCUGGUCCCAUAGCUCUGAGGGUUCAGUGAAGGGCUGUCCUCUCAGGCUGCAGUGGAUUACCUGUGAUCCACAAAGAAUACCUGUAAUCCAGUGAGAAGGAACUGUGAUCCGGAGAGAGGCCCAGUGAUCGAUUCACUAAGGGCUGCUGUGAUCCACUGAGGACUGAGUUUCAGAGAGAAGGAACUAUGAUCCAGCACUGAGUGAUCCAGGUUGUGUCCUGUUAGUGUUCUGCUGUGGUGAGCGUGGCCGUCAGGCUGGGAGGAUCAGGAUGCCAGAGCUGGAGGACUUCCCCCCGAUGCGGGGUAACCAGCCGUCCGGUCCCGACCCGGUCCAGAUCCAGCGCAGCAUACUGGACGAGCAGGUGGAGCUGUGGUGGUUCCGCGACCCGGCAAAGUCUCUGCUGUGCUACUCCGUCGCCGUCCUACUCAUCCUGGGCUGCGGCCUGGGGGGCAUCCUCCUCCUCUCCACCACUACCAGCUUCUCCAGUGACUGGCGCAUGGGAGCGGGCAUGGCUCUGUGUCUCUUAGCCCUGGCCGUCCUCCUCAAACAGCUCCUGAGCUCCGCCGUGCAGGACAUGAACUGCGUCCGCAGCCGGAGGCGGAUCGAUAUCCUGAAGAGCGGAGGGCUGUCUGAUCUGUUAGUGGUUCUCAUCACAGGGCUGUGUCUGGUGGUCUGUGGGGCUGUACUGCUGAAGCUGGCACUAGGGCACCACAUGCCCAAGCCUGGCGUAGCCCUUAAUGAUAUGUACAUCUCUGGGGUGGUG